UUUCUUAUUGGCCGCAGGCUCCCCCGGCUCAGAGUGUGCGCAAACCAACGUUCCUUCCGCUCCGCGUCUCCGUUGGCUGGAGACAGGCGGAGCGGCGCCCUCCCGCUUUGGUGGCGUUUAGUGAAGUCGGGAGGACCCAAGGAUUCUGUGGGUACAAUGUUGUCAAGACUUUUCCGAAUGCAUGGCCUCUUUGUGGCCUCCCAUCCCUGGGAAGUUAUAGUGGGGACAGUGACACUGACCAUCUGUAUGAUGUCCAUGAACAUGUUUACUGGUAAUAGUAGGAUCUGUGGUUGGAAUUAUGAGUGUCCAAAGUUUGAAGAGGAUGUUUUGAGCAGUGACAUUAUAAUUCUGACAAUCACACGAUGCAUAGCAAUCCUAUAUAUUUACUUCCAGUUCCAGAAUUUACGUCAACUUGGAUCAAAAUAUAUUUUGGGUAUUGCUGGCCUCUUCACAAUUUUCUCAAGUUUUGUAUUCAGUACAGUUGUCAUUCAUUUUUUAGAUAAAGAAUUGACAGGCUUGAAUGAAGCUUUGCCCUUUUUCCUACUUUUGAUUGACCUUUCCAGAGCAAGUGCACUAGCAAAGUUUGCCCUCAGUUCCAACUCACAGGAUGAAGUGAGGGAAAAUAUUGCUCGUGGAAUGGCAAUUUUAGGUCCCACAUUCACUCUUGAUGCUCUUGUGGAAUGUCUUGUGAUUGGAGUUGGUACCAUGUCAGGGGUGCGUCAGCUUGAAAUUAUGUGCUGCUUUGGAUGCAUGUCAGUUCUUGCCAACUACUUCGUGUUCAUGACUUUCUUUCCAGCUUGUGUGUCCUUAGUUUUAGAGCUUUCUCGGGAAAGCCGAGAGGGUCGUCCAAUUUGGCAGCUCAGCCAUUUUGCCCGAGUUUUAGAAGAAGAAGAAAAUAAACCAAAUCCUGUUACUCAGAGGGUUAAGAUGAUUAUGUCUCUAGGCCUGGUUCUUGUUCAUGCUCACAGUCGUUGGAUAGCUGAUCCUUCUCCACAAAACAGUACAGCUGAAAACUCUAGGGUUUCUUUAGGAUUGGAUGAAAAUGUGUCCAAGAGAAUUGAACCGAGUGUUUCCUUCUGGCAAUUUUAUCUCUCUAAAAUGAUCAGCAUGGAUAUUGAACAAGUUAUUACCCUAAGUCUAGCUCUCCUUCUGGCUGUCAAGUACAUCUUCUUUGAACAAGCCGAGACAGAAUCUACACUAUCAUUAAAAAACCCUAUCACAUCUCCUGUAGUGACCCAAAAGAAAGUCUCAGGUGAUUGUUGUAGACGUGAACCUAUACUGGUCAGAAAUAACCAGAAAUUCCAUGCAAUGGAGGAUGAGAUGAUAAACAGAGAAAGAAAAGUUGAGGUUAUAAAACCCUUAGUGGCAGAAACUGACAGUGCAAGCAGAGCUAUGUUUGUGGUUGGUAACUCCUCCUUACUUGAUACUUCACCGGAACUAGACACACAGGAACGUGAAAUUGAACUUCCCACAGAGCCUCGGUCUAAUGAAGAAUGUCUGCAGAUACUUGGGAAUGCAGAGAAAGGUACAAAAUUCCUUAGUGAUGCUGAGGUCAUCCAAUUAGUCGAUGCUAAGCAUAUUGCAGCUUACAAAUUGGAAACUCUGAUGGAAACCCACGAACGAGGUGUUUCUAUUCGCCGACAGUUACUUUCCAAAAAACUUCCAGAGCCUUCUUCUCUCCAGUAUCUACCUUACAGGGACUAUAAUUACUCCUUGGUAAUGGGAGCUUGUUGUGAGAAUGUUAUUGGAUAUAUGCCCAUUCCUGUUGGAGUGGCAGGACCUCUGUGCUUGGAUGGAAAAGAAUUUCAGGUUCCAAUGGCAACAACAGAAGGUUGUCUUGUGGCCAGCACUAAUAGAGGCUGCAGAGCAAUAGGUCUUGGUGGAGGUGCCAGCAGCCGAAUCCUUGCAGAUGGGAUGACGCGUGGCCCAGUGGUACGUCUUCCCCGUGCUUGUGACUCCGCAGAAGUGAAGGCCUGGCUUGAGACAUCUGAAGGGUUUACCAUCAUAAAGGAGGCAUUUGACAGUACCAGCAGGUUUGCACGACUACAGAAACUUCAUAUGAGUGUGGCUGGACGCAACCUUUAUAUCCGUUUCCAGUCUAGGUCAGGUGAUGCCAUGGGGAUGAACAUGAUUUCGAAGGGUACAGAGAAAGCACUUUUGAAACUUCAUGAAUACUUCCCUGAAAUGCAGAUUCUAGCAGUCAGCGGUAAUUAUUGUACUGACAAGAAACCUGCUGCUGUAAAUUGGAUAGAGGGAAGAGGAAAGUCUGUUGUUUGUGAAGCUGUCAUUCCAGCCAAGGUUGUUAGAGAAGUAUUAAAGACAACUACAGAAGCUAUGAUUGAGGUCAACAUUAACAAGAAUCUGGUGGGCUCUGCCAUGGCCGGAAGUAUUGGCGGGUACAAUGCCCACGCGGCAAACAUUGUAACUGCCAUCUACAUUGCCUGUGGACAGGAUGCGGCACAGAAUGUCAGUAGUUCAAACUGUAUUACCUUAAUAGAAGCAAGUGGUCCCACAAAUGAAGAUCUAUAUAUCAGUUGCACCAUGCCAUCUAUAGAAAUAGGAACUGUGGGUGGUGGGACCAACCUGCUCCCUCAGCAAGCCUGUUUGCAGAUGCUAGGUGUUCAAGGAGCUUGCAAAGACAACCCUGGGGAAAAUGCCCGGCAGCUGGCCAGAAUUGUGUGUGGUACAGUAAUGGCUGGGGAACUGUCCCUUGUGGCAGCUUUGGCAGCAGGACAUCUUGUCAAAAGUCACAUGAUUCACAACAGGUCAAAGAUAAAUUUACAAGACCUCCAAGGAACUUGUACUAAGAAGGCAGCUUGAAUAGCCUGACCUUUCUGAACUGAAACACAAGCAUUAGGUUCUAAAGGACUAACAUAAAAUAUGUGAAUUAAAAAAGCUCAAUGCACAAUGUAUGUUGAGGAUGAAUAGAUGUGGUCUGUGAGACAACUCGUUUUGGCCCUUUCAGAAAGGUCUGUGGGGCUUCUUCAACGCCAAGUCCUCAGGUCUGAGAGCAGUUUAGUGCUUUUCAUGCUGUGCUCUGCAGAGACCUCCAUAUGGAUUUAUACAGCUCACUUCUGAGGAGAAUACAGACUGGAAAGAAGUGUUUUUUCGUGCUGAAAUGUAUGGAGAUGAUGAUCAGUGUGAGAUUUACCCUUUCUGCUCCCCCCUCCCGGUUGAAAUGGAUUUUUAAAUUACAGUGUAGCUGACAAAACUGAUUUCAUAGUUAAUUUAUUAAAUCUGGGUUGUAGAACUCUUAAGAAAUAAGAUUAUUUUUUGUAAAUGAAUACUUCAUUUGGUGCUGGUCUAGUUUAAUUUCUUUUUGGGGUAGCCCAACAUGAUUCUUCAGAAGGGGACCUGCUUUCUUCAAGGGAAGAAUUAUUCUUAUUCCCAAACUACUAGAUAAUAUGCGAAGCAGUGCUAAAUAGUCUCUGUCAAAAAAACAAAUCACUGCAUUUUUCUUUGCAGGCUGUUUGUUCAGAGGCUUCUUGCCCAAAUACAAAGGUUUGUCUAGAUUGGCUCUAUCUUCAGCCUAAGAAAAAGUUCUGUGCUCUUUACUAAAGAUAUGAGAGCUCUAAAUGCUGAGACAAAAAAGACUGUUUGUUUAUCAAGAACAAGUCUGUCACCUCUCAGAAUUCAUAGUGUAGAAAAAACAGAUUUGAAAGAAAAAUAGCAUUUCCUUAAGCCAACUUUAAUUUUUUAAAAGACUUAAAUUUACUUAGCUGGAAAAUCUAGGUAGUUUUUUGUAAAGAACUAUCAAAUCUGUAUAUGUUGUAAUAAAGGCUUCUUAUGCUAGGAGUUUAUUGAAGGUGUUUUAAGAAACAAAUAAAAAUCAACUUGUAUACUGACAAAAACACACUAAGUUUGGGCCAGAGAAGGUAGUGGUCUUUAAUGUUUGUCCAGGAAACCUGGCUUGCUUGUUGAGCCUGGUGAAAGGAGUCUUGGCUUUCAGAGCCAGUAGAGGUGCAACGUGAAUGGCCGUGGAGGAGUACACCUUGUUCCUGUGGCCAGGAGGUUGGUGAGGUUGGUGACUGCAAUGUUCACUCGGGGCUCUUUGAUGGAUCCAUAAAAGCUCUUAAGCUUCCUCAGGGGGUCAGCAGAGUUGUUGAAUCUUAAAUUUUUUUUAAUGUGUAAGUUUUGUAUAAAUAAUAAAGAACUCAUUUUGUAUUACA